UUUUAUUUUAUGAAGUCACCAACAUAUACGAAUGAAAUAAAUGCAAAAAUGUCAAUUAGAAAACUGGGAUAGUGAAGAACCUACACUAUCUGCUAACCCCUAUAGCCAAUAGCACUUGCCAUCCAACUAACAUUUUUCACCAGUCUAAUCUACAACUAGUCUUGCGUCAAACUAAUAAUUGCAUUUUUGUAUCAACUAAGGUAAAUUUUGCCGAAUCUAUGUAACCUAAACAGAACCGUUCAACCAGCCUAAUCCAUAACGUAAAGGGGGAUUCUGAACUAAUAUUAAACUGUUUGUCAAUAUGGCUUAAUUUACCAGAAGAUUUUUUUAAUAGUGCGGAAAACUGAUUAAGCUGUUUCACAGGUUAUCAUUCGCAACGGUGAACUGUUAUGUGGAAUUCUUGAUAAAGCCCAUUAUGGGGCAACAGAACAUGGUCUUGUGCAUGCAAUGUAUGAAAUAUACUCGGGUGAAAUUAGCGGACGACUACUGACAUGCCUCGCAAGGUUGUUCACAGCAUUCCUGCAACGAUACCGGGGGUUUACUCUAGGUGUUGAAGAUAUUCUUGUGCGGGAUUGGGCAAACAAGGGAAGGACGGAUGUUAUACACGACACCAAGGAUAAUGGAAUGCAAGUUGUUGCUAAAACACUGAAUGUUAAAAAGAAGAAUGAGGAAGAUAUAACCGAUGCCUUAUGGGACGCCCAUGUUGCAACCAAGAUUUGGACAACAGACAGAGGACAAUGUUAA